UCACUAAAGCUCGCAGGAUCAGGGUGCUUUGCGAGACUAGCGGCCGACAGAGCAGCGGAAGAAUUUAGUGUGAGAGUCUUCAGUCUAGCAGUUGGCAGCCAGCUUCCAUUUACACAAAGGCAACUCCAGCGAUUGUCCUGCAAGCUGCGGCCGGCAUGACGAGGUGAUUGCAACUAAUUAGUCACUGCAACUGGUCAUCAGCUUGGACUGGAUGCUGUUUUGGCAUAUGCGUUAUUGUUGUAACGUGCUCAGCAGUAGGAGGUGGAGGGGUUUGCAGUCUCGUGCCACAGUCAGGUAUGGACACCUGGACACCGAAUCCUCGCGCAAAACCGUUCAUCCCUCGCCAGCAACGGAGCCUCUAUCUCACCUGGAAGUACAAAUUAACUAACAAGCGAGCUCUCCGCCGAGGCUGCCAGGCUGGAGCGGUUCUAUUUCUGCUGGUCACAGUCGUUGUAAAUAUCAAAUUAAUCUUAGACACAAGAAGAGUAGCCAAUGAGGAAGAGGCAGUGCAGGAGUAUGACGACGCCCUGCCCAACAUGGAAACCCCACGCAAGACGGCGAGCGGUAGGAAGGUCCUGGACAUUGAGGUGUACUCCAGCCGCUCCAAAGUCUAUGUGGCAGUGGACGGCACCACUGUGUUGGAGGAUGAAAUGCGGGAGCAGGGCCGAGGCAUUCACGUGAUCGUCCUCAACCAGGCUACAGGCCAUGUGAUGGCCAAGAGGAUAUUUGACACCUACUCUCCCCAUGAGGACGAGGCCAUGAUCCUCUUCCUCAACAUGGUGACGCGUGGCAGGGUCCUCAUUUUCACCAUCAAGGAUGAGGGGACGUUCCACCUGAAGGAGUCUGCUAAAAACCUGCUGAAGGGGCUUGGGAGCCAGGCGGGCCUCAACCUCAGCUGGAGAGACAUGUGGACCUUGGUGGUGAAGAAAGGAGGUCAGUUGUAUGGUGAGAAACACUCCAAGUCCCCAGCCCUGUCUACCUGGGGAGAUCCUGUUCUGCUGAAGACUGAGGUGCAGCUCACUGCUUCUGAAGAUGCAGAGUGCCAUUGGGCUGACACAGAGCUGAACAGGAGGAGAAAACUCUUCUGCAGUAAGGUGGAGGGCUACGGCAGCAUCUGUAGCUGCAAGGACCCGGCCCCCAUUGAGUUCAACCCAGACCCACUCCCCCACAACAAUGUGUUCAAUGUUCCUGUGGCGGUCAUCGCUGGGAACAGACCUAACUAUCUGUACAGGAUGCUGAGGUCUCUGCUCUCGGCCCAGGGGGUCAACCCACAGAUGGUCACAGUCUUCAUCGAUGGAUACUAUGAGGAGCCCAUGGAUGUGGUGGAGCUGUUUGGACUGAAGGGGGUUCAACACACUCCCAUCAGCAUCAAGAAUGCCAGAGUAUCACAGCACUACAAAGCCAGUCUCACUGCAACCUUCAACCUACACCCAGAUGCCGACUUUGCCAUAGUCCUGGAGGAAGACCUAGAUAUCUCCAUAGAUUUCUUCAGUUUCCUGAGCCAGACCGUCCAUCUGCUCAACGAGGACGACAGCUUAUACUGCAUCUCGGCCUGGAACGACCAGGGUUAUGAGCACACCGCAGAGGACCCAGCUCUCCUCUACAGAGUGGAGAGUAUGCCAGGCCUGGGCUGGGUGCUGAAGAAGAGUCUCUACAAAGACGAACUGGAGCCCAAGUGGCCCACGCCUGAGAAGCUGUGGGACUGGGACAUGUGGAUGCGUAUGCCAGAACAGAGGAAAGGCAGAGAGUGUAUCAUCCCUGACGUGUCCCGCUCCUACCACUUUGGCAUCAUCGGACUCAACAUGAACGGCUACUUCCACGAAGUGUAUUUCAAGAAGCACAGGCUCAACACGGUUCCUAAUGUCCAGCUGAAGAAUGUUGACGGCUUGAAGAAAGAUGCCUACGAGCUGGAGAUUCAGAACUUACUUAAGGAGGCUGAUGUACUGGACCACAGUAAGAACCCAUGUGAGGACUUGUUCAUCCCUGAUACAGAGGGGAAGACCUAUGUCAUGUACAUCAAGAUGGAGCUGGAGACUGACACAUCCACCUGGACUGAGCUUGCCAAGUGUCUCCAUGUGUGGGAUCUGGAUGUGAGAGGGUACCACAACGGCAUGUGGAGGCUCUUCAGGAAGAGGAACCAUGUCCUGGUUGUGGCCGUUCCCAUCUCGCCAUACUCUGUGAAGAAGCCAGUGAACGUUACACCCAUCCACCUAGAGCCUCCGCCCAAAGAAGAGGGAGCUCCCAUGGAGCAGCGUUAGCCCAACACCACCACACACCCUUUCACAAUGCGACUCGACUGGUAUUAUGGUCAUUCUUGCAGGGGCUUGGGGCGUCAGAGAGCCAUUUUCUUUACACUACAACACUCAGAGGGGGGGGGGUAUGUGGUGUAGAAGUGAUCCACACUGCCUACUGAGGUCGCUUUAGAAUCUUGAUUCCUGAGGUCAGAUUUGGCGCCAGAUCUGUUUCUUUACACUGUAAAAAUAGUCUCUUUUUGAAACCGGUUUCAAAAUAGUGUAAAAGGUGGAGUAGCCCAACACCACCACACACACGCUCUCUCUAGCCUGGCCUUAACGCCUGCACCCUUACCCUACUACCAACACCACCCUCCUGGCCUUACCACAGACAGCAAGGCUUCUUGGAAGUGGUGUUUUUAUGGUGGUGGUCAGACACUGACUGGACUGCACCACUGAUCAUCAUUGGUCUUUCACUGUGUGGAGGUUCACUAGAAGAAGGUUUUUGACGAAGUGGGAGAUUGACCGUAUUAGGCUGUGCCACAGGAUUCCGUCCAAAUGGUUACGUGUAUAUAGCUAUGCCCCUUACUGACACUCCACCUGUGAAUUCUCGGAGAAGAGGAGAGGGGACAGAGGCUGGACCAGGAAUGGAGUACAAAAGGGAUCUGUUAACAUUUACUGCAUCUUUGAUGCGUCUCCUUUACGACGGUUGGAUGAUGUAUGGAAGAAACAAACUGGAUGAAAAGGAGAGGGAGGAUAAUUGACACUCAAAUCUCACCCCCAGCUUUGUGGGGACACAACCGCAUAAAUAAGUGGCUUCCGAUGAAACUUGCCCAACCAGAAAAUAUUGUAUUUUUAUUUUAUUUCUAAGUGCUUUGUCAAUCCUGUAUACAUUUUAACUUAUGUUUAUUUAUUUCACUUGCCAGUAUAUCAACCAACAAGUGGUUGAAAUGUUUUAUUUUUAAUCUGAUUUUUAUUAAUAUCAAAUUUUUACUUUUAAUUUUUACUUUUAUUUUUAGGCCUAACGUUUACAGAUCUGAUAUAUUAAUGUACAAUUAAAGUCAGAAGUUUACAUACACCUUAGCCAAAUACAUUUAAACUCAGUUUUUCACAAUUCCUGACAUUUAAUCAGAGUAAAAAUUCCCUUGUUGUUUCAGGUAGCCUUCCACAAGCUUCCCACAAU